AUGAGAGAAGUUAUAAGUAUUCAUGUUGGACAAGCUGGUAUACAAGUUGGAAAUGCUUGCUGGGAAUUAUUUUGUUUGGAACAUGGUAUUCAACCUGAUGGUAAUAUGCCUGAAGAUAAAUUAUAUUCAAAUGAUGAUGCUUUUACUACUUUUUUUUCUGAAACUUAUUCUGGAAAACAUGUACCUAGAUGUAUAUUUGUGGAUUUGGAACCUAGUGUGAUUGAUGAAGUUAGGAAUGGUGCUUAUAGACAUUUAUUUCAUCCUGAACAACUUAUUACUGGUAAAGAAGAUGCUGCUAAUAAUUUUGCACGUGGUCAUUAUACUAUUGGUAAAGAUAUUAUUGAUACUAUUCUUGAUCGUAUUAGAAAAUUAGCAGACAAUUGUACAGGAUUACAAGGAUUUUUAAUGUUUAAUGCUGUUGGUGGUGGUACUGGUAGUGGUUUAGGUUGUUUAAUAUUAGAACGUUUAUCAAUAGAUUUUGGUAAGAAGAGUAAACUGAAUUUUUGUUGUUGGCCUUCACCACAAGUCUCCACUGCUGUUGUUGAACCUUAUAAUUCUGUUCUUUCUACUCACUCAUUAUUAGAACAUACUGAUGUUGCUGUUAUGCUUGAUAAUGAAGCUAUUUAUGAUAUUUGUAAACGUAAUCUUGAUAUCGAAUGUCCAACUUAUACUAAUCUUAAUAGGUUCGUUACCCCGUUACGAUUUGAUGGUGCUUUAAAUGUUGAUGUAACAGAAUUUCAAACUAACCUUGUACCAUAUCCUAGGAUUCAUUUCAUGUUAUCAUCUUAUGCACCUGUUAUUUCAUCUUUUAAAGCAUAUCAUGAACAACUUACUGUAGCAGAAAUUACCAAUUCUGCAUUUGAACCUAAUAAUAUGAUGGCCAAAUGUGAUCCAAGACAUGGUAAAUAUAUGGCAUCAUGUAUAUUAUAUCGUGGUGAUGUGGUACCUAAAGAUGUAAAUGCAGCAGUAGCAAAUAUAAAAACAAAAAAGACAAUACAAUUUGUGGAUUGGUGUCCUACAGGAUUUAAAGUGGGUAUAAAUUAUCAACCACCAACAGUAGUACCAGGUGGAGAUUUAGCAAAAGUUGCACGUGCUGUUUGUAUGAUUAGUAAUUCAACAGCAAUCGCCGAAGUAUUUGCACGUAUGAAUUAUAAAUUCGAUCUUAUGUAUGCUAAAAGAGCUUUUGUACAUUGGUAUGUCGGUGAAGGGAUGGAAGAAGGUGAAUUCUCUGAAGCAAGAGAAGAUCUAGCAGCUCUUGAAAAAGAUUAUGAAGAAGUCGGUAAUGAUUCAUUACAAUAA